AUGCUGGAAGGAAAGCUGCUGCUGGAUAUAACAUUGUGCAGUAACUCUAUAAGUCCUGGGAGGAUGACUCAGACUAUCAGAAAGGUUUAUGACAUAUUGGCGGGUUGGAGAAGGCUUUUUAGACCAGAGGUUGAUGAUGGAACCUUGGAAGAAUGGCGGUCGGUUGAGGAAGUUGCUGAUGGAAUCUUCAAAGAGCUGGCGAAGAAGCAUUGCAUUGAGCCCAUAAAUGAGAAGCACAGGUUUGUCGUGGACAGUUACAAGAUGAAUCCUUGUAUUCGUUCGGCGGUGAUUGUACUUGCCAAAGAAGCUGGGUUAUUUGAUUUUGAUGAUGAAAAAUGGAAUCCCACUACCAAUUUUAAGACAUCUCACCGGGCGUAUUUAGUUAAUGGAUUUUCUCAGGAGUUGGUGAAAUUUUUCAACGAAUCGGCUACAGAGAAACGUGGCGCCGAAUCGGAUCUAGAGAAACUGCAAACAAUAUUCAAUGUCAAUGAGCCGUAUCCUGACUUUUUCAAGUCGGAGUGGUUCUCAAAGUUGAAGAAUGUCAAGGUUCUUUAUCUGGGAAGGUGGCUGACCUCAGCUAAGCAUCAUAUUGAAGUAGAGAGCGUUGAAUUCUUAAAAGGGUUGAAAAAUAUGAAACUUUUAAGGUUUUUCAGCCUUCAAGGAAUUUCCAGAAUUACCAAGCUUCCUGAUUCCGUCUGUAAGCUCUUAAAUUUGAGGAUCUUGGAUCUUAGAGCGUGUCACACUCUCGAGGGGCUUCCAGAUGGAAUAGGUUCACUCGAGAAGCUGACGCACUUGGAUAUAUCCGAGUGUUACUUGCUAGAGUACAUUCCCAAAAAGAUUAAGUUUCUCUCAAAACUCCGAGUCCUUAAAGGGUUUGUAAUUGGUGACCGUCGAAAUGAAAAAGCGUGUACUCUUACUGAUUUGUCAGGAUUGAAGGACCUGAGGAAAUUGAGCAUCUACACAAACACGAAGGAUUUCCCCAACGAAGAUGACGCAAGCAAUCUACGAACGUUUGAAAAUCUUGAAAAACUUACAAUUGAGUGGGGAGCUUUUCCCAGCAAUACAGGCAGCGAUCACAAGGGUGAACCACCAUCAAACACAACAAGCACCAUGAAUCCAGAGAAUAGUGGAGAUAACAUAAAGAAGGACAAGAGAGCAGGAGGAUUGGUUAAGACUUUGUCAAGAACACUCACCUUUAAGAAAACAGGGCAGGGUGCCAUGUAUCCGAAAGGUUUUCAGAAACUAAAGAAACUGGAUCUCAAGUGUUACCCUUCGAUGCAAUCACCCAGUUGGUUGCUGCCUGCAAAACUUCCGAUGCUAGAGAAACUCUACAUCAGAGGAGGGAACCUCCAAAAUCUAAGUCCAGGUCAGAAGAAUGACAAGUGGAAAGUUAAGAUACUACGUCUGAAGUUCUUGAGCAACUUAAAGAUGGAUUGGAAAGAACUCCAGUCAUCAUUCCAGACUUGA